AUGUCAACAAUCAAAGCCCCAACGUUUGACGAGUGUUACCUCCGCGUACGCCUUCUGUAUCGCGAUAGGGGAAUUGCCCUGAGUAUUAGGCGAUCAUACCAAAGCGGGCGACGUGUUGAUAUUAUUUGUGACCGUGGGCGACGAUACAGUAGCAAGUCCCAAGUGCGGAAAACGAGCAGCAAGGUCUGUGACUGCCCAUUUGCUGGCAAAAUUCGAUUCCUACCCGAGACGAACGAAUGGAUAUGGGAGGUGCUCGCUGGCCGUGAUUCGCACAACCACGAUCCUGUUCUUGAGGGGAAUUUUGAGUCUGUUCCUGCCUUUCGAACUCUGAGCCAAGCAGAAGCGGAGUUUCGGAAGACAUCUAGUGAUAUCGAGACGAAUAAACCGUCGAUUAUCGACCGGGUUGAGCAACUAUCGAAAGCAAGAAUAAAGUCACGGGAUAUCGCAAGUCAGAUUCGUGAGCAAGAGAACGUUAUAAUAACUGCCUACGACGUUAGAAAUAUUCAACAGAAGCUCCGCCACGAGAAGUAUGGCCCAUUAAGCAGUACAUCCGAAUUUGCUGGCGGGGCCACUGUGUGGCUGUGA